AUGAGGAGACUCAGCCUCAAAGAAAUGAAAUGUCUUCCCCAGGAUCACUCAGCUACUAUCCCUAUGUAUGAGCCAAAGUCAGGGGGCAUGGAAAUCAAGGAGAAAGAGCUGGACAGCAGCUAUGACUCAUACCAGUCUCAGUGGUAUGAACAGUACCUCCAGCCCUGUGUAGUGGAGCUGCUGGGCUCAGCUCUCUUCAUCUUCAUCGGCUGCCUGUCCGUCAUCGAGGAUGCUGAGGGCCUUGGUCGGCUUCAGCCCUGCACUGGCACAGGGCUGGCCCUCAGUCUCACAUUGCCAUUUUGGGGAAAUAUCAGUGGUGGUCAUUUCAAUCCAGCUGUCUCUUUGGCUGUCAUGUUGAUUGGGGGUCUGAAUUACAUGAUGCUCAUCCCAUACUGUAUCUCACAGCUGUGUGGAGGAAUCAUCGGAGCUGCUUUAGCCAAGGUAGUGAGCUCAGAAGGGAGGUUCUUAAAUGCUUCUGGCGCAGCCUUUACAGCCAUUAGAGGGGAUGACCAGUUGGGUAGUGCCGUGGUAGCUGAGGCCAUCAUGACAUUGUUCCUGCUCUUGACCGUCUGUAUGGCAGCCGUCAAUGAGAAGACCAAGAGUCCACUGGCUCCGUUCUGCAUUGGCUUCACUGUGACUGUGGAUAUCCUAGCAGGAGGGGCUAUAUCUGGAGCCUGCAUGAAUCCUGCCCGAGCUUUUGGGCCUGCAGUGAUGUCCAACCACUGGAGGUACCAGUGGGUCUACUGGCUGGGGCCGUUGGCAGCUAGUUUGAUUGCGGGAAUACUGAUAAGGACUCUCAUUGGGGAUCAGAAAAUUCGCCUGUUUCUAAAACACCUGUGA